GAUAGUUAACUAGUAACUAACUAUUGUUCUUACUUCAUCCAAAUCCCCUCCACGACCACAUUAUAACUCGCAAGAUGGCUCUCGUUUCAUAUUCCGACUCUGAAGGUUCAGACUCGGAGAACGAACAGAAGACCCAGUCUCCAAAGAAAGAAGUUUCUUCAACAACACCCGCAACCUCAAGUCAAUCGAAACCUUCCAAACCCGCCGCACCUGGAGGCUUCCAAUCCCUCGUCGACCGCAGUAAUCCGCGCAAACUCCGCGUCGCACUACCGGAAAUAAAACCAGAGACAUCAACUGCUGAUGGAACGGGCGAGGAAGAUGGUGGACCGGCUCGAAAGAAAGCUAGGACAGGUGGUGGAGGGGGCGCAUUUUCCGGAUUCAACUCAUUCCUCCCUGCGCCGAAACGAAGUGCAGCAGCAGCGGAUAAGAAGCCCGGGCCUAUUUCUACGAGGAAGAUUUUCAGUUUGAAGACGGGCGCAACGCCGGGAUUUGAUCGUGCAGCCGAUGCGGAGAUGCGGCAGGAACAGGCUCUCAGUGCAAGUGCAGGCGCAGGCGCAGGCGCCGAUGAUGAGAGUAUUCCUACGGCUGGAAGUUUACGUGAUGGACCAGUUGAGCCGAAGGAGGAACCUAAGAAGAUUGGAAAUGCGAUGAUGUUCAAGCCGUUGUCGGUGGCUAGGAAUGCGCAGAAGAAAAAGACAUCGACGGCGGCGUCGAGAGCUACUGGCGGGACGAAGGCGACUACAACGACACCCGUUCCUGAGUCAAAGGAACCGCAACCGCCUGCAGUAUCUGCACCGGCACCAGUACCACAGAAGCCAAAGGUUAGCCUCUUCUCCAUUGCGAGCGAGGAGAGGACGACAGCACCAGAUAUAACGGCAGAAAGCGCAGCGACAUAUCAGCCGUUGGUAUACAAUACGGAUCUCAAUGAACCCCCCGCUGGUCCUCAGCCAGAGCCUUCAGAAGCAGAAAGUCAGCAAAUAAGUUAUGACCAGACCGCCUCUGCUUCGUCAACGUCACAAACACUGGACGAUAUCGCAAACGAUUUGAAUCUCUCCCGCGCUCAGCGGCGCCAGCUUAUGGGUCGACAACCUGCGGCGUCCAAGUCUCGUAUUCUCAACUUCAACACAGACGCAGAAUAUGCUGCCAAUCAAGCAUACCUUGCGCAGGCGUCCGAGGCGGAGCUUGCCGCACAGCAACACAACCCAGUUCGCUCUGUCGCUCCUGGAAAGCAUUCGUUGCAGCAACUUGUUAAUGUGGCUAAUAGCCAGAAGGAAGCUCUAGAGGAGAGCUUCGCUGCUGGGCGCCGGAACAAGAAAGAGGCUGGCUCCAAGUAUGGGUGGUAGAUGUUGGCGCUUAAACGUUUCGAAUGUUUCUAAAUGUGUUUGUAUAUACCCACUAUCAACUAUUGACUAUCAUCUGGCAGAGAGCUGUUUCAUAUUUCAGACUAUACCAUUUAUUACCAUGUAGAGAGUGAGGAUUAUGUUACAACACUGCUCGGAUGCAAGCAUUUCCAAUUAACUCAUCAGAUAUCAGCUAGACCAAUACGCAGCAGCAUACUGUACAUGUG